AUGAAGAAUGCAAUUUGGGUGGAAGACAUCUUGCCCAAAGAUGAACUAUAUUUUAGUGUCAAACCAGGCUUGAUGUCGAAAUGCAAGCUCCCUGUAUUCAUAGGUACACGUGGCGCCAAAUCAAAGGUGGAGAAAGGCAAUCACAUCAUGCACCACUGUUCAAAUGGUGGCACACGACAAACUCUAACUGACUACACUUCAUCGGCUGGAAUUGCCUUGUACAAUUUGCGAAUACGAUACCGCCUUCAUAUUGGAUCCCUUGAUCCGAAGUUGCAAAAGAAGAUUCCUACAGCCUUUCACAGGGCACCACAUUAUACCAACCACCUUCAACUUGCAUCUAUCAACAACUUGGCCAAAGAGGCUGGAAUCAUUGGCAAUGUCCACAGUGCAGUAGAAGAGCUACCAGCCGACAACGGAGAGAGAUUCUUUUCUGAAUACUUGACACAACAACUUGCCAGAGAGAGCAGUGGAGUUCUUUAA